AGACAUCAGUCCAACAUAGCUGUUGGAAUACCGAAUCCCAUUAUUUGCAAGGCUUCUGCCUGCAGUUUUCUAAGCAGACUCUGGGCGCCGCUGUUGGCCAACUGCUGCAAAAGCUGGAGUCCAGGAUCCACCGGGUGUUUUCUGCGCAGUCACAAAAGCAAGUAGAAAGGCGAGGGGUCCGGACUCCGGCUCACUGCUCGGCAAAUCUGAUUCCGGAAUACCGACUGGGAUGCCUUCAAACUGGGAGCCUUGAGUUUUCUACGCGGUGGAAGUAGAUAUUUAAACACAAUUUGUAAAGAAAGCAUCUUCUCAAUGCCAGAGGCUGCAGCAGGGCUCGGAAGGAUGGGAACCAGGGCUAAGCAGAGGAGCAGGACCCCGCGGCGGUGGCAAGUACUCUUUCUCUUCCUGCUGCCUUUGUUCUGCGGGGCGCUCUCCGAGCAGAUCCGCUACUCUAUUCCGGAAGAAAUGGCCAGGGGCUCUGUAGUGGGGAAUCUCGCUAAGGACCUGGGGCUGCGGGUACGGGAUUUAUUGACCCGCAACCUCAGAGUUAGUGCAGAGAAACAAUACUUUGCCAUAAACACGGAGAAUGGGAACUUACUUGUGAGUGACAGAAUAGAUCGGGAAUCGCUCUGCCCUCAAAACCCUGUGUGUGUCGUGCCCUUAGAGAUUGUAGCAGAGAACCCUCUAAAUGUUUUUCACGUAAACGUGAUGAUAGAAGAUAUAAAUGACAAUCCACCUCAUUUCCCCCAAAAUAGCACUGUUUUACAAAUCAAUGAACUUGCAACUCCAGGAACUCGGUUUGACUUGGAAUCUGCUAUAGACGCAGAUGUAGGGCCUCACUCUCUCCAGAGUUACCAACUCAGCUAUAAUGAGCACUUUUCUCUAAUGGUAAAGGAUAAAGCUGAAGGCAAGAAUGCCCCGGAAUUGGUGUUAGAAAGGCCCCUGGACCGGGAACAACAGAGCUCCCAUCUCCUGGUCCUGACAGCGGUGGAUGGAGGUGACCCGGUCAGAACGGGCACCACUCAAAUUAGGAUUGAGGUUACUGACGCCAACGAUAACGCCCCAGUGUUCAGUCAGGAUGUGUACAGAGUAAGCCUUCCAGAGAACUUGCCCCCAGGCACCUCUGUGCUAAAGGUGACAGCCACCGACCAGGAUGAGGGCAUCAAUGCGGAGAUCACAUACUCCUUCAAAAUACCAGGAGAUGUUGGAAGUACGUUUACGCUAGACCAUCAAAGUGGAGAAAUUAAAUCCAAAAACCCUAUAGACUUCGAAAUCAGUAGCAGUUAUACCAUAAUCAUGGAAGCCAAGGACGGCGGAGGCAUGGCCACCAAAUGUAAAAUUAUACUCGAAAUUCUAGAUGAGAAUGACAACGCCCCAGAGGUGGUGUUCACUUCGGUGUCUAGUUCCAUAACCGAGGAUGCAGAGCCCGGGACGGUGAUUGCUUUGUUCAAAACACACGAUAAAGAUUCCGGAGAAAACGGAAAGGGUUAUUGCCUCAUAAAAGAGGACGUUCCUUUUAGAAUUCAAUCUUCCGCCAAUAAUUACUACAAGCUGGUGACAGAUGGGGCCCUGGAUCGGGAACAGACCCCGGAGUACAAUGUGACCAUCACAGCCAUCGACAGAGGCAAGCCGCCCCUCUCCUCCAGCAGAAGCGUCACCCUAUACAUCAGGGACGUCAACGACAACGCCCCGGUUUUCCAGCAGUCAGCCUACCUGGUCCAUGUGCCAGAAAACAACCCGCCCGGGGCCUCCAUCGCGCAGGUCAGCGCCUCCGACCCCGACCUGGGACCCAACGGCCAGGUGUCCUACUCCAUCGUGGCCAGCGACCUGGAGGCACGGGCGCUGUCGUCCUACGUGUCGGUGAGCGCGCACAGCGGGGUGGUGUUCGCGCAGCGCGCCUUCGACCACGAGCAGCUGCGCGCCUUUGAGCUGACGCUGCAGGCGCGCGACCAGGGCUCUCCCGCGCUCAGCGCCAACGUGAGCCUGCGCGUGCUGGUGGGCGACCGCAACGACAACGCGCCCAGGGUGCUGUACCCGGCGCUGGGGCCCGACGGCUCUGCGCUCUUCGACACGGUGCCGCGCGCCGCGCAGCCGGGCUACCUGGUCACCAAGGUGGUGGCGGUGGACGCGGACUCGGGACACAAUGCCUGGCUGUCCUACCACGUGCUGCAGGUCAGCGAGCCCGGGCUCUUCAGCCUGGGGCUGCGAACCGGCGAGGUGCGCACAGCUCGUGCUUUGGGCGACAGGGACGCGGCUCGCCAGCGCCUGCUGGUCGCUGUGCGCGAUGGGGGACAGCCACCUCUCUCUGCCACCGCCACGCUUCACCUGAUCUUUGCGGACAGUGUUCAAGAGGCACUGCCAGACCUCAACGACCAUCACACACCUUCUGACCCCCAGGCUGAGCUGCAAUUUUACCUGGUGGUGGCCUUGGCCUUGAUCUCCGUGCUCUUCCUCUUGGCGGUGAUUCUGGCCAUUGCUGUGCGCCUGCGACGCUCCUCUAGCCUGGCUACCUGGCGCUGCUUUCAGCAUAGUCUUUGUACUAAGACUGGACCGGGGAUUUCUCCCAACUACAACGAGGGAACUUUGCCUUAUUCCUACAAUAUGCAUGUUGCCUCGGAUUCUCAAAAAACAAUGUUUAAUUUUCUCUCUAUGACGCCAGAAAUGGUCCCGCCACAAGAUCUUUCUAAUGAAGCAUCCUCGAUAGUAAGUGUCACUGAGGAGAAUAAUAAGUUAAGCUCUAACGCUGUUGUUUCUACUCACAAGAGUUUCAAUGAAUGCCUUUCAUCCGCAAAUGGUUUGCUUUAAUUUUCUUUAUUAACUACAAAGAGGAGAAUGCAUGAGAAAAGGCUUUAAAAAGAGGACAUAGGAAUGAUUUUUAUAAUAUUCAGGCACUUUUGCUAGGGAUUAUUUGA